AUGGGCCAGAACAUCAGCCUGCCCGAGCCGUCAACACCGUCACAGCGGCCGGAAGAAACGAUCAUCAGCACUUUGACUUCUGUUAACAAAGCCCUGGGUCAGAUACCCGGAGUAAUCCAGAAUGCGGAAAAACUGGCAAACGCCGUCCAGAAGGCGAUGCCUGCGGUGAAAAUCCUGGCGUCCCACGCCAAAUACCUCGCCGGGUUUCAGGGGUACUUCGUCGCUGCCGCCGUGCCGGCCCAGUUCAUCCAGGUCUUCCAGGGCCAACAGAUCAUCGCCGAGCUGCGGGGGAUACGGCGGGAGCUGGAGGCGCAGACGCGGCUCGACGCGCCGGAGAAGUUCGCAAACCAGGUCUACGGCUACAUCGACAUGAUGACCAAGAGCACGUCCAAGUCCACCAGCAAGAAGCACCUCUACUUCGUCUACCACCCGGACACCGACUGGCACCCGUACUUCUGCAAGCUGGUCGAGAAGAAGCCCACGGCGAACAACUUCUUCGGCCUGGCCGAGAACCUGGACACGCUGUGUAUCUGGAUGCGCUACCUCCGUGCGCUGUUCACCAAGUCGGGCGAAUGGGGCAAGGACCCGGUCUUCCACCUGCUGAUGCCCACGUACCGCCAGCUCCACGUCGAAGAACCGCUGUCCUUCGCCGAAGCGUUGCAUCCGCUGUGUUUACACGGCUUUGUCCACAACGGCAAGUGCUCCGUCGAACUGAAUCUGCACAACGCCGACCCGGACAUGCUGGACGGGAUCGGGAUCUGGAAAAGGCCCUCGAAUUUGUUCGUCGGGCUUUUCCAGCCCAAAGAGUCUCCUCGAGUGCUGGGGAAUGUCCCACUCGCCGCCGACGACAGCAUCAUCCUGGAGACGGAGACCCGCAGAGUGCGGCGGAAGAGGCGACGGCGUUGA